UCACCUCUAAACCCUGGUCUGUGUGUUCCUCUCCCCAGGACUGGGACUCUGGAGCUGGGGGACAAGCUGCUGGUCACCUCUAAACCCUGGUCUGUGUGUUCCUCUCCCCAGGACUGGGACUCUGGAGCUGGGGGACAAGCUGCUGGCCAUCGAUAACAUCCGGCUGGACAACUGCUCCAUGGAAGACGCUGUUCAGAUUCUCCAGCAGUGUGAAGAACUGGUCAAGCUCAAGAUCCGCAAGGACGAGGACAACUCAGACGAACAGGAGCUGUCUGGAUCCAUCAUCUACACGGUGGAGCUGAAGAGAUAUGGAGGCCCGCUGGGGAUCACCAUCUCAGGCACAGAGGAGCCCUUUGACCCCAUCGUCAUCUCCAGCCUCACCAAGGGAGGACUGGCCGAGAGGACAGGAGCGAUCCACAUCGGGGACAGGAUCCUUGCCAUCAACUGUAACAGUCUGAAGGGUAAACCACUGAGUGAAGCCAUUCACCUGCUGCAGAUGGCUGGAGAGUCUGUCACACUGAAGAUCAAGAAACAGGGAGACUUGGCCAGUCCCAAGCAACCGUCGGUGUCUGGUCAACUCAGUGAUGUGAUGCUGAGUGAUGUGGAGGACGAGGCAGGGUUAGGCGGGCUGGGAAACCAGGCAGAGAGCCAGAAACUUGGGAAGCUCUCUGACCUCUACUCCACCACCAUCCCCUCUGUGGACUCAGCCGUGGAGUCCUGGGACGGCUCGGCCAUAGACACCACCUUCAACGCCCAGGACGGGUAA